CACACUGCAGGGAGAAGAAUGGUUUCUACCCCCUGAAAACUUUCUGGAUGCCUCGGUGAUCUGCAGCUAUUACAGAAUCUGACCAUGGAUGGGCACCCAGAGGACCUGGUAAUAAACAAAAGAUUUGUCACAGAAUCUGAAUUAGAAGAGCGAAGAAAGAAAAGACAGGAAGAAUGGGAAAAAGUGCGAAAACCUGAGGAUCCAGAAGAGUGCCCAGAAGAAGUUUAUGAUCCACGUUCUCUAUAUGAAAGGCUUCAAGAACAGAAGGAAAAGAAGCAACAGGAGUAUGAAGAGCAGUUUAAAUUUAAGAAUAUGGUGAGAGGUCUGGAUGUGGAGGAGACAAACUUUCUGGAUGAAGUUUCAAGAAAGCAAGAAUUGUUAGAAAAACAAAGGAGGGAUGAAGAUAUGAAAGAAGUGAAUGAGUUUAGAAAUGCACUUACAACAGCAGCUACAAAUUCAGACCUCAAGAAGAAGGAUGCCGAUAAAAAGCCAAUCCCAAAAGUGGCUGAUGUCAAGAAUAAGUUUUCUCAGUCAAAGCUACUAGCGGGAGCAGUCAGGCACAGAAGUAAUUCUGAAAGCUCUAGUGCCAAGAAAUCAAAGUUAGAACAUGACCAUGAGAAGUUAAAAGGUGAGAGCCAUUCUAGCUCCAUUGGAGGCAGCACCAUGACUAGCUCUGGUCUGCAUUGUCCAUCGGCUUCUGUCUGCAUCGGGAUUUUGCCUGGCUUAGGAGCCUACUCGGGGAGCAGUGAUUCUGAGUCCAGUUCUGACAGUGAGGCGACAAUAAAUUCUGUGGGGAAAAUUGUCUCUUCUGUGUUUCGCUCAGGCACAUACCUUGAUGCUCCUUAAAUUGCAGCUAGUGACUGAAGGAAUUCAGAAUGCAACAUAUAGAAAUAUCCACUUUCAGAAUAAACUUGAACAGUUCUUUGGUACAGAGACUGCAGAGCAUUGUCUCUUUGCCCAGCUACUUUUUGGGCUGUGUGAUUUUGAUGUUUCAAGCUUAUGAAAAGUAAAUCAACAAUUGUAUGCUCAACCCAAAUAAAUUGGAAAUUUUCUAGUAUUCUUGGGACAAUAGGAAAAAAGUGUCCUUUUUGUUUGUAGGGAGACCUAAAAUUAGUAUUUAUUUUAUGUAACUAUACUUAUACAAUUGUUUAUAUAAACUGCUUUCCUUAUUAGAGGUAAGAAGACUAGUAUUACAAUGAUGCAAGUUAUUACAUGUUUUGUGAUUUAUUAAAUUCUCAGUGUAAUUAUACACACAAAAAGUUACUAACACCAUGUGAUAUGUGCAAUAUUGUAAGGUUUUGUAGUAAGCAAAAUGCACUGUUUGGCCAGAAUCUAAAGGAAAUUUGAAAAAAUAGUAGAAAAAUAGUUAGUUAAAAUAGAUUUCAUAUAUUAAUACAUUUUGCAAUUUCAGCCAGAACUUGUAUAUCUUUUUACUCUCAUAGCUAAGGCUACUGGCACAAUAUGUGUUUUCAUUUAACACUGCAGUGCUUUUCAUGUUAAUGCCAAGCAUUCCCAUCCAACUACUCCAGUCUGCUAUAAGCAUUAAGACACAGUGUAGUAAAAGUUGUGAUCCUGCUCUUUUUCUUGUACAACACAUUCUAUAAUCCUAAGAGCAUAUCUUUACUACUUGCUAUAAAGCAGGACUAGGCUUCUGUUUCUUGCCAAAAUGGAAAUUAUGGAAUGUUAUGGAAGAUAGUUCACAGUACAAGUUGAUCCAGGGACUGGUCGGAUUGCCAUCUUGGAGUCAGAAAGGAAUUUUUCCCCUUUUGCGCCAAAUUGGAGAGGCUUCAGAAGGGUUUUUUUUUUUUCUGUUUUCAUGUGGAUCACAUAGCAGUUAGGCAGGUUAUAUAUAGGCAUAAAAGGUUGAACUUGAUGGACGUGUGUCUUUUUUUCACAUAAUAAAUUCAA